CGUGUUAGUCUUUUGUCAGCUUCCACCAUGGUGUUCCGUGGCCAGGGCCAAAAAGUGCAGAAGGUGAUGGUUCAGCCCAUUGACCUUAUCUUCAGAUACUUGCAAAAUAGAUCUCGGAUUCAGGUGUGGCUUUAUGAGCAAGUAAAUAUGCGAAUAGAGCGCUGUAUCAUUGGUUUUGAUGAAUACAUGAACCUUGUAUUCGAUGAUGCAGAAGAGAUUCAUUCUAAAACAAAGUCAAGAAAACAACCAGGUCAGAUCAUGCUGAAAGGAGAUAAUAUUACUCUCCUCCAAAGUGUCUCCAACUGGAAAUGACUAAUGAAGUGAGAAAUUGUU